CCUUGUAACCGUGGAGUUACUAUAGACUUCGGCAGGAAUGUAGGGGAUUCACGUGCACAGCUCUCCCGUUCGAUCCAUCCUGGCGGAAAAGCUCCCCCGCAACGCACAUACACGCGCGCGAGUGUCUUGGAGACACCCCCCCCCCGCGCCGCCGCCGCCGCCAACCCACCCCGCGCCGCUAUUUCGCCGGCCCCUGUGAAUUGAGCUUGGCUAAGUAAACAUCACCGAGCUGCUAAUCACAAGCAACAGCUUGACACAACCGUCUCCUGUGUCUUUAUUCGCUCCCCCUCCCCCAAAGUUGUUGGGGAAACCAAAAGAUGGGACUUUAUCAUCAGCCUCAUCGUCACGAUCCCGGCUCUUGGCGAGCCUUGCAGUUGCUCGCCUGGGCUUUCCCCUUGGUGACAUUCGCUUCUUUCGCGGAUGACACCCUAGAGAGAGCCCCCAAAUCCGAAGGCUAUUGCAGCCGGAUCCUGCGAGCCCAAGGGACGAGGCGAGAAGGAUAUAAUGAAUUUAGCCUCCGCGUGGAAGGCGAUCCGGAAUUCUACAAGCCCGGAAACAGUUACAGGGUAACACUUUCUGCUGCCACUCCAGCCUAUUUUCGUGGAUUCACACUGAUUGCUUUGAAAGAGGGCAAAGAGGGAGAGAAAGAAGAAGACCAUGCGGGGGCUUUUCAGAUUAUAGAUGAAGAAGAGACACAGUUCAUGAGUAAUUGUCCUGUGGCUGUUACUGAGAGCACACCAAGAAGAAGGACACGCAUUCAGGUCUUUUGGACAGCACCUCCUUUGGGCACAGGCUGUGUAAUUUUGAAGGCAAGUAUUGUACAAAAGCGAAUUAUUUAUUUUCAAGAUGAGGGAUCUCUCACCAAGAGGCUGUGUGAACAAGAUUCAGUCUUGGAGGGUGUGACUGAUAAGCCAAUCUUAGACUGCUGUGCUUGUGGAACUGCUAAAUACAGGCUUACCUUUUAUGGAAACUGGUCAGAAAAAACACAUCCAAAAGAUUAUCCACGACGAGCCAACCACUGGUCUGCAAUCAUUGGUGGAUCUCAUUCAAAGAACUAUGUACUUUGGGAAUAUGGAGGAUAUGCAAGUGAAGGAGUUAAGCAAGUUGCAGAGUUUGGAUCACCAGUCAAAAUGGAAGAAGAAAUUCGACAACAGAGUGAUGAGGUCUUGACUGUCAUCAAAGCAAAAGCCCAAUGGCCUGCCUGGCAACCACUAAAUAUGAGAGCUGCUCCCUCUGCUGAAUUUUCUGUGGACAGAUCACGCCAUCUGAUGUCUUUUCUUACUAUGCUAGGCCCCAGUCCUGACUGGAAUGUAGGGCUUUCGGCUGAAGACCUCUGUACCAAAGAUUGUGGAUGGGUCCAAAAAGUAGUUCAGGAUCUUAUACCAUGGGAUGCCGGCACUGACAGUGGAGUUACCUAUGAGUCACCCAACAAACCAACAAUACCUCAAGAGAAGAUAAGACCCCUCACCAGCCUAGAUCACCCCCAGAGUCCCUUUUAUGACCCAGAAGGAGGCUCUAUUAAAUCAGUAGCCAGAGUCGUCAUCGAGAGGAUUGCACGGAAGGGGGAACAGUGCAAUGUUGUUCCUGAUAACGUUGAUGACAUUGUUGCAGAUCUUGCUGCAGAAGCUCCAGAAGAUGAAGAUGAUACUCCAGAAACCUGCAUCUAUUCAAACUGGUCCCCAUGGUCAGCCUGUAGCUCUUCCACAUGUGAAAAAGGCAAGCGGAUGAGGCAGAGAAUGCUCAAAGCUCAGCUUGAUCUCAGUGUGCCUUGCCCAGAAACUCAGGAUUUUCAGCCAUGUAUGGGCCCAGGCUGCAGUGAUGAAGAUGGCUCCACAUGCAUGAUGUCUGAGUGGAUAACAUGGUCCCCCUGCAGUGUGUCCUGUGGCAUGGGGGUGCGAUCGAGAGAAAGAUAUGUGAAGCAGUUCCCUGAUGAUGGCUCUAUAUGCAAAGUGCCUACUGAAGAAACUGAGAAAUGUAUUGUAAAUGAGGAGUGCUCUCCUAGUACCUGCCUGGUGACAGAAUGGGGGGAGUGGGAUGAAUGCAGUGCCAGCUGUGGGAUGGGUAUGAAGAAACGACACCGAAUGAUAAAGAUGACCCCAGCAGAUGGAUCCAUGUGCAAGGCAGACACCACAGAAGCUGAGAAAUGCAUGAUGCCCGAAUGCCAUACCAUUCCCUGUAUGCUGUCUCCUUGGUCUGAAUGGAGCGACUGCAGUGUAACAUGUGGGAAGGGGAUGAGGACCCGACAGAGGAUGCUGAAAUCUGCAGCAGAGCUUGGAGACUGCAAUGAAGAGCUGGAACAAGUGGAGAAAUGCAUGUUACCCGAGUGUCCCAUUGACUGUGAGUUAACAGAGUGGUCUCAGUGGUCAGAAUGCAACAAGUCUUGUGGGAAAGGUCAUAUGAUCAGGACAAGAAUGAUAAAAAUGGAACCCCAGUUUGGAGGAGCUCCAUGCCCAGAAACUGUACAACGUAAAAAAUGCCGAAUAAGGAAAUGCUUGAGAAACCCCAAUAUUGAGAAACGGCGAUGGAAAGAGCCUCGUGAAAAAAGGAGAAGUGAACUAGCAAAAGAAGAUGAAGAUGGUGAGCAAUUUCCAGGUUGUAAGAUGAAACCAUGGACUGCUUGGUCAGAAUGCACCAAAUUGUGCGGGGGUGGAAUCCAGGAGAGGUUCAUGACAGUCAAGAAGAGAUUCAAAAGCACUCAGUUUACUAGUUGCAAAGACAAGAAGGAAUUAAGAGCCUGCAACGUUCAUCCUUGUUAGCAAAACCUGAGUCUUUCAGAUAAUGCACUCUGAGCUAAAUGUAAAAUCAACCUUGAUUUGAUUUUUUUUUAAAAAAAGAAGAUAUAAAUUGUGUAUAUUAGUUUUCAUUUUUGCAGUGUGGUUUGCUUAUUAGUCUUGCUGGUGCAAGAGAUAUAUUUUAUAAAUAUUUCUUCACAAAUGUAUGCUGAGAGUGGCUCUUUGAUGCUCCAGCUAGCCCUUAAUGCAUAAAACUAGUGAAGUCAUUGUAAAACUCCUAUAACUUUGAAAUUAUAGACAUCUCUGUGUGGACGUACCAUAAUCAUAGAAAUAUUACCUGUAAAUACAUAGGGUGCAUGCAUAACAACAUUGCAGACUUAAAUAUCUAUUUGGAUCCACUUUCAAAAUACUCAAAGCAGUGCCUCUGUGAUUACACAACUAUGCCAAGGAAUUUCUUCAAUAAUGCUGCUUCAAUAAUACUUCAGGUGCAUAGUUAUCUUUUAAAAAUUGUGUUUAUAGCAAUCCUUUGAGACGUUUAUUUUUCCUUCAUGAAAAUGGUAGGGACUUCAGCAAAAUCAAGCAUCUUUUGUUUGUUCCCACUUUCAAAAAGGAAAGCAAGACUAAACUGUUUAUAUAUGAAGAGCAGGAAUGAGAACAUUUUCUGUCUGCAGGCCACAAAUUAACCAUUGGGCUGCAUCUAAGUAAGGACACAAUUCACAUUCAGAAAGUCAUAUGCAAGGUCAGGGAUGAGGAACCUGAGACUACUUUAAAUCGUUAGACGAUUAGCCUUUCUGGCUGGGGUCCAGCUGGAUGAGAGUCCAGCAGCAUCUAGAAAGUCAAAAGUUUCCCUUUCCUGUGCUAGGUGAUAAAGUAUGGUAAACAAGCACUUACGUUACAGUAGCAUUGGGGAACCUGUGGCCCUCCAGAUGUUGUUGGACUCCAUUAGCCCCAACCAGCCUAGCCACAGGUGAAGUUGCCCGUCUCUGAUUUAGAGAUUAUGCUUGCACGGGGCAGACCUGAGCCAAACAGAUCUCAGGAGUUUCUGGGAAAACUGCCCAGCACCAGAACUUCAAACUUUGUUCUACCAAGUGAUUCUAAUAAGGGGAAGAGGUUUCUCGACAUAACUUCAGACACUGCCUUUGCUUCUUUCAGACAAACAGCUUCCGUUUUGUCUCCUCAUCUCCUGGUAGAGACAUUGCUCCCCUGAUGUAAUUGUCACUGCAUCGAUCAUAUUUUUGUUUCUCCUUAAUUUCCUGCUAGUUUUCCAAUUGUGUUGGCCAUAUUUUCAGUAUAUGUUUUCAGAAAAAAAUAACUGCCUUGUAGGAGCAAACAUGGGGGUGCUGGUAUCAUAUCUUAGUAUAAAAACAAAAAAAGUAACUAUUGGAAAACUAAUCAGAACUUGAAUAGUGGGAUAUGUGCUAGCAUUGUUAAAAAGGGGAAUGGGGUCAAGAAGAGGGUCCGAGACACUUAGGGGUGGAGAUGAAAGCCACUGCAUUUCUGUUUAAAAUGUGAGCCUGCAUUACAGAAAGAAUCAUUGUAUGCUGUUGCAAGAUGAAUAUCUUGAACUAAUCCUUCAUCAUCUUUCCUGCAAAACCCAUUAUUGGUUGACUUGUCCCAUGGCAGAAAAGUAGGGUGCAGUUGAACUAAUAAGGGCCACAGUGUGGCUGCAAGGUGGGUUGGUUACCUGUCCCUUAUACAGUCAGUUGUGUUCAACAUGUGAAAAUUCAAACUAGAAAAUAUGCUGAAAGUGUUAGCUAUUCUGUAUGUUAGUAGCAUAGAGUAUCUUUACAUGAAUACCUUGUUCAUUUGCUUCAGCUUUCACCUGCAAAAGCUUCAGAAAUAUACCACAAUGAAGAAGGCAGAGAAAGACCCUAUUAGGAAAAGGUUAUAUAACAGAGCUUGGAAAAGUUACUUUUUUUGAACUACAACUCCCAUCAGCCCCAGCCAGCAUGGCCACUGGAUUGGGCUGAUGGGAGUUGUAGUUCAAAAAAGUAACUUUUCCAAGCUCUGUUAUAUAAAUAGUUUAAGAAGCAAGCUAGAGUCUACCUAUAAUUCUCAUUGAAGAAUGGGUGCAUGGACUGCUGGUAAUUUUUUGGUCUAGUGCAGCAGAUGACUCCCAGGACUAAUAAUGUAAGCAUACAUCUUCUUCAAGGAAAUGUUUGAUUGAGGGGGGGAGUGAGGCAUACAUGCCAUGUAAUUUUGUCAGAGCAGCUUAGUACAGAGCAUCAGGCUGUGAGGUUAUAAAUGCUUUUGAAGGAUAAGAGAUGAGUGUGGGUUUCUGGAGGUGCAGGGAAAGUUUCAAGUAACUUACCAGAGUGUCCUGUAAAACAUUGGCAUUUCAAAAACCACAGGAUAAAAUGGAGGGCCUGUUUUCUCAUUGUCUUCCACUCUCUUUGCCAAACAUCAUCUUCACUGUACAAUUCUUUUCUAAAAAGGAAUGAGUAGAAUUGGAGAGUCCCAAAACUAUGACAAUAUUGUUGCAUAAUAAAGUGCAGGGCAAUGCCAUCAGCCUACAAUAGGUAAGGGACGUCCAACUAUUUCAGGAAAAGGAUUAUGUUCUGCACUCCAAAAUUCCACAAGGGUUUCUUCUGCAUUUGUCAUGUAGGUGCUGGUGUUAUGUUAACCAUCUUGUGCCCAUUCCUGUGCUGUAGCAUUUAUCAGCAGCAGCACUGUGUGUUGGUCUCCUGUUCUAAAAAAAAAAAGUUCUUUACACAGGGAGAUUCACUUAAUGCUAACUAUUGAGCUCUGGGAAAAUACAAACACCUCUUCCAACAGAAUACCAUGAGCACAUUAUACAUGGAAAUUUAUAGGUCUUCUAUGUAACUUUUCUGAGAAUGAAUCCAACGCAACAAGAAUCUAAGUUCCUACUCACAGAACCAUUUAAAAAAAACACUAUGUGGUCAACUAACACCAACAUCACUCUUCUAUGCAUCCAAACACGCCUUCAGAAUCAGUUCUCCUUUUGAGACAUCAGCCUAGCUUCCAUUUGGAGGCAGGCUUUGCCAGCUAAGUUAAAAUCUGAAGAGGUAGGCUCUUUACUUUCUUAUUAUAGCCAUUAUAGACAUUUUGAGAGAGGCCUUUUUAUUCAAGAUAAGUGUAUGGUCUUUUGUUUGGAUGCCAUUCAGUUCUCUUUGGUUUUGUCAUGCCAAAUUCAAGAGGUUACUUUUGAUAGUCCCAAAAGGUUGGCAAUAACCUUUUUUCCAAGAGCCAAUGUGCACACCUAGAGCAUCAUUUGCUAUUUCCACCUAGCCUCCAAUUCUUCACCAUAUUCUUUCUCAUAAGGCUUCUCCAACUUUGUUUCCAUAUUCAGGAGCCAUAUUGGCAUGCUGAAGGACAUGUCCUCAUUACAAUUAAUUGUGGUGAAGGAGUGUCUUCUUAUGUACCAUUAUGACAGAGGAAAUUGCACUGAGUGGGCAGCCAUUUCCAUUGUAAAUCAACCAAAAAUUGUCGAGGGCCAAGAAACAAGGGGAAGAAGGAUCAGGAAAAAAUAAGGAGGGCCCUUAAUACAGGUACAGAAAUGUCUUGAAAAAACAAGCACACUUAUGAGUUAAUGCAUGAGGAUUAGGUUGACACUCAUUUUCACAUCCCUGUUUUUAGGUAUUUAAGAUUCAAUUAUGUUUUCCUUCAAUAAUUUAUGCAUUAACUUCCUCGUAUUAUAAAGUUAUUCAGUCAAAAUAUGCAUGAAAUGUGUAAUCACUGGAAUAUGCCCAGUUGCAUUUACUUGCAAAAAGCAAAACAAAUCCCCCUGCAUUAAAACGUUGUUGAUUCUUUUAUGCUGUGUUUGUAUUAAAUUAGUAAUUGUCCCAGGAAGAGUGCUGGCUCCACUGAACUAAGUAAGAAUGUUGUGCCUGAUUCCCAUGGACUUAAUAAUUUGUCAUUCACUGCCCCCAGUAUUUGAUUGACACAGCAGCUGAUCCAUGAAGUUGCCAGUAAUGUCUUUAAUAUCUAAUAGUAUUAUGUUUGGUUGGCUGACUUUUCAAAGGAUUGCUAUCAGGAAGCAUGAAAUAGCUUGCAGUUGAAGACAAUUUGAUUUUUCCAUCAACUGAUAAGAUUGCUGUCCCAGUUCAAGUUGACCAAUUUCUUGUAAUUUGAUACAAAUGGUAGGGGGAAUCUUUAAGCUUGUUUCUUUUUGGAGUAGUAAUAAUAAUAAUAAUAUUUUUUUCAAAAUGAAACAAAAAAUGAGACUAAGGCUGCAAUCCUAUACACACUUCACCUGGGAGUAAGUCCACUGAAGUCAUGAGACUCUUGAGUAGAGAUGCAUAAGACUGUGCUGUUAAUCGUAUUUAACUUAAGCUAGAUGGAGGCUCUUAAACUUGCUUUUUUAUAUUCAGGAAAUAAAUCCCAAAGUGACAUGGAAUACACAGCAUUGUUACCUAAUCCUUGUAGUCUUGUAAUAUUUGCUGCAAGUCAGCCAAAAAAAAGAUCACAUUUCUUUUCUUGUACAAUAAUUCAUGCCUGUUGCACACUUUGGAACUGAAAGCACAGGUAUAGCUUUAGGAAUAUUAUGCACCUCACUUACCAUUUAUUAAUAUUCUGCACAUUUUCUCUUCUUACAUAGUCUGUAGAAACUUUACAAGCAGAAAUGUUAGGUUUUAAUAAGACCAGUAGGUUUUAAUAAAAGCAAUUUGAUUUUAAAAACAAACAAAACCAAGCCUUUUUGAUUUCAUGUUUUCAUUUUUGUUGGUUUUGCUUCACUAUGGAAUUUCUGAGAAAGCUGUCAUGGAUAUAUUUCUUACCAAAGUCUUGUGUAGAUGUUUUGUAUGUAGUUGUCUGGCUAACACAUUAUUAUUUUGGAAUAAAGACAUGUUUACUAUGAAAACAAUGUCACUUGUGUGUUUCAGUUAAUGGUACAGAUUCCAGAACAUAGAACAGACCUUAAGAAGCAAAGUUCUCUAUAUGUACACAUAUUAUGUCAUUGGCCCAGCCCCUUCUGAACCUCUCCGCUUCUCCUGAUUGCCACUCACACACACACACACACUUUUUGCUCCCUCCUCCAAGUUCCUAAUGUCACACUACUGUUCACUACUGCCACUUAGGAAUUAGAUGUGAAAAUCAGAGGCAUGAUCUAGUCAAAGUUAAUCAUGUAGUACUAUUGAUUUCCAUUUGAGAUGACGUACUAAGCACGUGCUAUGAUAGUUAAAGCAAUAUGAAACUGAUAUGAACAGGAAGCUUCUUGGUCAGACUAUUUGCCCCUCUUGUCUAGUAAUGUCUGUUCUUAUUUGUAGCAGCUCUCCAGGAUCUUAGGCAAUGGUCUUUCACAUCAGCUGAUACCUCAGAGAUGGGGUACCUGUAGCCCUCCAGAUGUUGAUGGACUACAGCCCUCAUCACCUCUGACCAGUAGCUAUGCUGGGUAGACCUGAUGGGAGCUGGAGUCCAACAACAUCUGGAGAGCCAUGGGUUCGUUUUAACUGGAGAUGCCAAGGAAUGGGACUGAACAUGGAAACCUUCUGCAAAAAAACCAUUUGCUCUACCAUUGAUCUAUUGGUUCUCCCUGAACCAAUACUGCAAGGACAACAGGGCAGCUCUUUAACCAUUAAGCCAAAGCAGCAGAUACUACAUACUAUGCACUUGAAGAGUUAUUGUUUAUAUACAUAUAAUGCUGUCAAGAAAAGCAAAGAUAGCUCAGUAUUGCAUUUUCUUGCUUUUUUUGGUACUACUUCUACUUCAUGCUUUUACUCUGUGAAAUAGAUAGAUAGACUGACAGACAGAUAGAUAGAUGAGAUUAGUGCACCAUAUUUCAGGUUUAGUCAUUCUCAAAGCAUUUGUAAGGUCAAAAUCUACCUAAAGGAGGAAAAGCUAUAAGGCAAGAUCUGACCUAUUGUAGCUUGGCUUACUAACGACAGGCAUUUCAUUUAGCAUGACACACCAGUUAAAAAUUGCCUUACCUCAUGUGUGCCAACUCAAAUCACUGCAAUCUGCAGAACUUGCACUUGUAAAAGUGCCAUUCAGUGUCCAUUCUGUGUUUGUAAGGAGGCAUGCCUGUAGUGUGGCAGUACCUGUACUUAGGAACUCCCUGUAUAAUGCCACUAGGGAGGUAUCAUCAUGGUGUUCUUUUCGAUGCCUGCUGAAAAUGUUUCUGUUUUGGCAGGCCUAUUCAGACACAUGAUUGGCUACAUGUUUUUAUUGUGUUUCAUUGUUU